UGCCCAGGCCCGAGGAACCCCCGUGCAGAGCCCACCCUUCUCUGAAGCCCAAGGCAUGGUGCAGCCUGCAAACCAUUUUGAUGAGCUGUUUCUUCAGAGCUUUUUCCGCAGUGAGACCACCUGAAGCUGUACAAAGCUUGUGAGACAGAGUCCACAGCCUGGCUUAGCUCUGUUGCGGCAGUGGUGCUAUCUGCAAGUUUAGAGAAAUGCAUGCAAUUUUUCUGCCCCUCUCCCUGACCAGGAGCGACAGGAGUGCAGCACAGUUAUGUCUGGAGCAGGCUUGCUGAAAGCAAAAACCUUUCGUUUGCUCACGGGGGAAACUCACAGCUGCAUGUGGCGAAGGCUUGUUCCUUCUGACAGAUGAGGGGGUAAAAGUGGUGCCCAAAAGCAGCUCUAGAUUUGUUUGGCUGUUACAGUGCCACAUGUGUCAUGUGAAGAGCAGACAGAGUUCAGUGUGCGCGUGCGCUUCCAUUUUCCCCAUCUUUAAUUUUAGAGGAUGUUUGAGGGAGGCAGGAAAAGCAAAAGCCCUGGAGACUUGUCGAUGGGUUUUAAGCAUCGUCUGUAGGCAGCCUGUCAUCCGAACAUGAGUCAUGAGCAGCAAAAGGAAAAUGUCAGUCUGAGUGACAGAAAUCCAAAGGCACGCUAGCAGAAGGGGAAAAAAAACCCUCUUAAGAAUGCUGGGGGCUCGCCCACGCUCUGCGAGUCGUCUUUCCUCUGCCUUCCCUGCAUGCACGAGACAGACAUGAAUAGCCAGUAGAUUGAGGAUUCAGUCCUUAGCCCGAGAGCAGAAUUGGACAAUCUGCACAUCUCUAUUCUGAGGCCUGUUCCCUUGCCAGCUUAGUUGAGUUUAGUGACUUGGUAGAGAGCCAGAUCUUCUGGGGAAGGUGGCUGGAUUCUUGCUAGGAUGUUAUCCAAGAAAAGCUGCUCGAAGGCCUGCUCAUCUUCUCAGCUUCUGAGAAAGAAAAACGGGAAUGCCAGGCUGUUGUGGAUGGGCUGAGGGACACUCUAGAUGUGCGCAAUGCCACCAUAGAGUCUCUCCAGAAGGUGCUGGGAGAGACAGAGAUGCUGUGCUCCUCUCUCAAGAAGCAGAUGAAAUUCCUGGAGCAGCAGCAGGAGGAUAACAGAAGUUCAAAGGAGGAGGCCCGCCGUCUGCGAAACAAGCUGAGAACCAUGGAGCGGAUUGAGCUGUUGCUUCAGAGCCAGCGCCCCGAAGUGGAGGAGAUGAUCAGAGAGAUGGGAGUUGGGCAGGCAGCAGUGGAACAGCUUGCGAUCUACUGCGUCUCGCUGAAAAAGGAAUAUGAGAACUUGAAGGAGGCUCGGAAGACCUCCAGUGAGAUGACAGAGAAGCUGAGGAAGGAGCUGUUUUCUGUAAAUAGCAAGCUGCAGAAAACAGUUUCAGAGUUGGAGAAGACAAAGGAGGAGUUAAAGAGCACCCAGAAAGAUCUGAAGAAUGCGGACCAGGAGAUCUUGAGUUUGAAGAAGAAGAUAGACAUCCUGCAGGAUACUCUGAAGGUUCCGUCUGUAACCAGAGAGACACUCAGUCGUCUGGUCUUUGAGAGCCCUGCUCCUGUGGAACUGCGGCACCCGAAGCUCCACUGCCCGGCCCACAGCGAUGAGAUCAACCUAGAUGCUACUUUUGAUGUGGACACCCCCGAGCAUCAGCCCUGCAAAUAUCUCUUCAGCCCUGCAAAAAGGCAGAAGCUGGAUAAAAAGCCGCCUCCUGUGGUAAAUCUGGCAAAGAAGGUUCUGAAGGAAACUGUGGAGAACUGGGCAGACGAUCUGGAGGACGACGCUCUUAACGGACUCUUGCCAGCAUUCAUCAGGAACUCUGUUCUCUCCAAGAAACCAUCUCCAGGCAGCUUGCUGGGUCCCCGCAAGAACACAGGUGAGGAUGGGGUACGAUGGCUUGGGAGGCAGAACAAAGUUCAUUCAGCCUACAAACAUGGCAGAAAUCCGGCCGUUAGCAGUGAGGAGCAAGAAGAAGAAUGUCUCCAGGCCAGCGCCUGCAGCUUCUGCAUCCUCCUCCAGCAGCAGCCAAGCCAGACUGGACAGUUUCCUGCAGUGAGAGCCCCUGCCUUCCCGGGAGCGGCUGGGCAGGUGGCUGCGGGGCAGAACACGCUCACACAGCCACAUGCAACCGCUGCUGCGUGGAGGGCUGCGACUGGCAACGCACUGCUGCUGCAUUGUGUGCGAGGUGAGCUGCCCUGGGGAGAAUCCUGGCCUUGCAGCAAGCCACCUGGAGACCAAGCCUCUGGCUAACGCUUGGACUGAUUCACCUCCCUCACUUUACCCAUCCUUCCUCCUAUUUUCAAGCAGAAUAAACAGGGUUUUCUCAUCUUCUGGCCGGCUCAGAGCUCUUCUGCUGCUGCCAGGCUCUCUGACAUCAGGUAGAACUACACUUGUGGAUGCAGCUGCAAGCUAGAGGUGUGGAAAGGGUAUGUGGGAUGUCAGCCUGGGAGAAGGAACCUGCACCAGCUCUGUCUGGUGUAAGUAGUUCCAAGAAAGUUUGCUGGAGGAAGAAUUGGGCAGAGCGUUCCUCAUCCCAUUAAGCACUUCUGCAGAGGCCGGUUGGGUUGGGGCUGUCCCAAAGACGAGGAUAUUCUGCCUUGCCCUCGUUUGGGCCAUGAAGUCCAUUGCAUUUUUGCAGACUUGACACUGAAGUUGCUGACCUGGGGAGGAGGGUGGUGGGGGUGACUCCGUAUUCCGCUUGGAAAGAGAGAUGGCUGUGCUGAUGGGACCUCUGUUCUUGGCAAGUGUUGGUGUGAAUCUUGUUUGUAUGGAUUUCUAGAGAGGUUUAAUGAGCUUGUAAGGAGUUUUGUUCUUUAGAAACUGGUCUGCCUAGUGAUUUGAGGAUUUGGGAGGGCCUGAAGAAGUGCUGGAGAACAUCUCCUUUCAGGGUAGACUGAUGGAGCUGAACCUCUCAGGUUCUUCAGAUGGAGAAGCUGAAGAGAUUCCCUCUUACUCCAGGCUGUUCACGCUGAAAGGACCGCGCUUGGUGAGGGUCCUUGCUACAGCACUCCCUACAAUUUGUGGUGUUUCUCGCUUGCAGCUGCUUCAGGCUCGGUACCUCGAAGCCUUGGUACCUGGGAUGUCUAAAAACAUGUAUUUAGGCAAUAAAAUACCCUG